UAAUAAGUAUUUGCCAAUCCUGAGCAGGACAAACGAAGGGAAACCAUUCUCUAACACGACGGCUCUCAGCUUCCAUCUUGGAGUACGGAGGCUGUAGCCUCCUCGGAAUUUGGCCGUAGAAAAACAAGAAAAACAAAGAAAGUUUAGAAGAAAAGAUGAGGAGAAGUUUGUUUGUGGUGGUGAUAGCGGUGAUAGUUGGCGGAUUGGAAGCGAAUAUAGGCGAAUUCGAUGAAUAUUGGAAGCAUAGAGCGGAAGUUGCUCGUGAAGCUGCCUAUAAUUCUUAUAAUCCUGAUCCUUAUAACGUUACCAACCAGCUUAAUUACCAAGUUAACAAGGCUGUAGCAGGUUAUAGCAACGGCACAAGAAGGAAUUUGAUGAGAAGAAAAGGUGGCGGACCAUGCAAAGCAACCAACCCAAUUGAUAGAUGCUGGCGGUGCGACCCUAACUGGGCUAUCAACAGAAAGAAAAUUGUGGAUUGUGUUCUCGGCUUCGGCCAUACAACUACCGGCGGAAGGGACGGAAAGAUUUACAUCGUCAAUGAUCCUUCUGACAAUGACAUGAUCAACCCUAAACCCGGAACCAUACGCCACGCAGUUAUCCAGAACGGACCCCUUUGGAUCAUUUUCGCGCAUAGUAUGAUUAUUCGACUCAACCAAGAAUUGAUGAUUUCGAGCGACAAAACUAUCGACGGUAGAGGAGCAAAUAUACACAUUGUUGGCGGCGCUGGUCUGACUCUCCAGUUCAUUAAGAACGUGAUCAUCCAUAAUAUUCGGAUUCAUGACAUUGUUGCUGGCAAUGGUGGCCUUAUUAGAGAUUCUGUCGAUCAUUAUGGAUUCAGGACACAAAGUGACGGUGAUGGCAUUUCCAUAUUUGGAUCUUCUAAUAUUUGGAUCGAUCAUGUUUCCAUGUCCAACUGCCAGGAUGGUAUCAUUGAUGCCAUCAUGGGAUCAACUUCUAUUACCAUCUCCAACUGCCAUUUCACAAAGCAUAACGAGGUUAUGUUGUUCGGAGCAAGCGAUAGCUAUUCGGAUGAUUCAAUAAUGCAGGUGACAGUAGCAUUCAACCACUUCGGAAGGGGAUUGGUGCAGCGAAUGCCGAGGUGCAGAUAUGGUUUCUUCCAUGUUGUCAAUAAUGACUACACUCAUUGGCUUAUGUACGCCAUUGGCGGUAGCCAAAAACCUACCAUCAUCAGCCAGGGCAACCGUUUUAUUGCUCCUGAUAAUCUCUUCUCUAAAGAGGUGACAAAGAGGGAUUACGCAUUAGAGGACGAAUGGAAGAAUUGGAACUGGAGAUCAGACAGAGAUUUGAUGAUGAACGGAGCGUUUUUUCAGGAAUCCGGAAAGGCGGUAUUACAUGACUUCUCAAGGCUACAAUUAAUAAAAUCGAAGCCAGGAACAUUCGUCACAAGAAUCACUCGCUACGCCGGAGCUCUUGACUGUUAUAUUGGGAAGCCUUGUUAGAGACUCACAUAUUAUAACUAUAUAUUUUCUUUCCUUCAUUUCCAUGCAUAUAAUAUACUCCUUUUCUUUUAGAAUAGACACAUGAAGAAGCAAAUUAAUGGAAUAUUUCAUCACGUUCAACCUUAUUUGAAUUAACGCUUUGUCCCUAGUACAUGGAUUCCAAAUGUUUCGGCAUUAAUUUGUAUAUGGUGGGGUUUUCAUUUUUUCUUUGAGGGUAUAUACUGCACUUGUUCUUACUCACACAUUUUUUAGCUCUUAUUUUUUAUGUUUAUAUAUGUCUGUUGAAAUUUAUCAAACAUUUUUUUUAAA